GUAAACAAACCUCGCAUGUCGCCUUCUGCUGGGUCCUGGUGUGUUCCACUUUCUAUAGAUUCGGCGUUUAGUGUGCACCUGCGGAAGUCUUGGAAGCCUGAUGAACUCGUCUUUUUCAGUUUCCUGGAACCCUGUGCUGUGGUCCUCGUGAUAAGAGUGACCUUUUUGGCCUGCUCUCCCCAGCUCUUUUCUCAUGGGGAGGAACCAUCUCUUCUUUUGUGCUGUAAUCAUCCUUCCUGAUCUCUCUAAAACGUGCUAUUUACAAAACUCCUUUGCAGCUAUUUUCUCACAUACCCCACAGCAGCCCCGCAAGGUGUUCACUCCAUUUUGUCCACGAAAAAACUGAGGCUGAGGGGGAUUUUGUCCUUUGUCUGUGGGCAUGAAGCUGCUGAGUGGUGGAGCUGGACGGGAAUCUAGGCCUUUCUUCCCUUCCACAGUGCCCUGCACACAGCAAACACACAGAACAACUGACACACAUGUGACAGUCACUGUGGACAUCAGUGACAUUCCCAAGAGAGGCACCAAGAGAUCUCUUCCCUGUCUGAGGUUUCCCAGACAGAUAGGGUAGUAUCAGGCCCAGAGCCCAGGAGUCCUGGCUGCCAGCCCCAGGCCCCCUCUCUUGGUCAGGGAAAGAGGUUGCCUAGGCAAAGCUGGGGAUUACACAGCUAAUCCAGGCUCAGACCUGAGUCCUCGGAUCCCUCCCUUUGGGGCAGAAGAAGGGGGGCAGGUCAGAGCCAGCGGGUGGGUUCCUUCCUCAUCUCUCUCUAACUGGGUCAAAGGAAUACAGGCUGAGGGAGAGGCAGAUUGGGGAUGCUGCGGACAGGAGAUGCUGGGCAUGGGGGGUGUGGAAAACGGAGAGUGAGGGGAAGGAUCCUCUGUUCAUUCAGUGCCAGGCUCUGGGCCAAGCACUUGCCUGUGUUGCCUCCUUAAUCCUCCAAAACUCCAGCCUCAGGAAUGAUGAGCCCUGUUUUCAGAAGCAGGGUAUCAGCAUUGCUGAGUAGCCUGUAGGAUGACACAACUGUCAGAACUCGGCCUGAGGUCUCCUAACAACAAAUGCCCCACUGGUCCCCACCCACUGGAGCACCUACUUGCCAGGCUUCUCAAGCGAAGAAGGAGAUCCACUCCGAUGUCAUCUCCAAGGAGCCUUCUCUGCAGUGUCUCAGGUCCUGGCUCUCACCUCCUCAGCACCCAUCCCAUCCUGUGUCACUCUGUGUAUCAGCCUCCCCAGCCAGCCUCCAGGCCACAAGCCAAGAGGUAUCAAGGGCUCCUCCCUGUCCCACUGGCCCCACAUCCACUGUGUCUAUCUGGUCAACUUUACCUUCCAAACAUUCCCUGCACAGUGAGAGAUGGCUGUGGCCCUGUCAUCUCUCACCUGAAAUUAACAAUGUGUCCUUGGGGCCUCCCACCCUCACAUCUUGGCUCCUCCAGCCCGUUCUCUGCAAACAUAGAACAGUAGGAUUAUUAUAAAUCUCAGACUCGUUUUGCCCCUUUCCUGCCUGAGAGUUUUUGUGGUUCCCCACUGCCCUCAGAACAAAGCUCAAGACCCUUUGGCCUGGCAUUCAAGGUCCUUUGUGCUGCCACCUGUCAACCUCCCCAGUUCCAGCUCCUUUGGUUUUGCCCAUACAAGUUGGAUCUGCACCAGAGGAUCUGUCUUCCUCCCGACUUGGCCCUAUUCCUCCUAGGAGCCCUUUGGACGUCACCUCCCCCAGGAAGCUUUCUGCAACCACCCUACAACCAUCCCUAUAAACUUUAUAAAACCAAUUAGGGAAGAAGUAGGGGGGAAAGAUGAAAAUAAACCAAGCCUGCAGCACACUCAGCAUUCAUCAUGAGGUCAGCUCCUCUCUGACCUGCUUCCUCAUGGCUAGUUGGUGCCUGUUGUCCCGGAGUCACAAAGACCCCAGAUUAUAGCUGCCCUUAACUGCUGUACAAAUAACAACUUGGACAUGAAAGGUUAAAUUUUCCUUUUGAAAUAUUCCUUCAGGUCCUGCAUGCUGAUAAAACUACUGACUCAACUGGUCCCCAUGAGGAGCUGGCUCACCAAAGAAUGAGGUUUCCAAUCCCAAUUAUUUCAUGCCCCUUGCUUAGACAAUCAACAAUCCCAAAUUUCCAGCCCCUUGCCCUCCACAAUCUCCUUAAAAAACCCCGCCCAAAACUCCUUGCGGAGAUGGAUUUGAAGGUCUCCUCCCAUCUCCAAACUUGGUGCCCUGCAAUCAUUAAACUCUUUCUCUGCUGCAAACCCUGCUAUCUCAGUGUAAUUGGUCUGUUACUGCAUACAUAUGGGCAUACAAACCUGUUGGUCCUACAACAACCCCAUACAACUAUCUUGAGCACCUAUUGUCAGACCCUGUGUGAGUAAGGCACGAUCAGAUCUUCCCCAACCCCCAGCACAGAGCUUCUCAAGGGAGGGACUUACUCAAUAUUGUAAUCAAAUAUUAUAUUUGAAAAAUGAAAAACAUCAAUUUUUUUCCUGUGUUUGAAAUUGGAGAAAUACCAAAAAAGCAAGAAGAAAGUAAUAACAUAUUAUGACCAUCCUGACAAUACCUGUUACUGUUUCUAGGUGAUUUUUUAAAAAAUAUUUAUUUAUUGAGAUGGAGUCUCGUUCUUGCCACCCAGGCCAGAGUGUAGUGGUGCAAUCAACUUGCUGCAACCUCUGCCUCCUGGGUUCAAGUGAUUCUCCUGCCUCAGCCUCCCAAGUAGCUGGGAUUACAGGUGCACACCACCACACCUGGCUAAUUUUUGUAUUUUUAGUAGAGACAGGGUUUCACCAUGUUGACCAGGCUGGUCUCGAACUCCUGACCUCAGGUGAUUCACCCACCUCAGCCUCCCAAAGUACUGGGAUUAUAGGCGUGAGACACUGUGCCCAGCCGGUUUUCUAGGUGAUUUUAAAACACUUCACAGUAGCAUAUUAAUAUACUGGUUCUUAAAAAUUUAGACUUUUACAGGCGGGGCGUGGUGACUCACGCCUGUAAUCCCAGCGCUUUGGGAGGCCGAGGCAGGCAGAUCAUGAGGUCAGGAGAUCGAGACCAUCCUGGCUAACACGGUGAAACCUCGUCUCUACUAAAAAUAUAAAAAAUUAGCCAGGGGUAGUGGCGGGCGCCUGUAGUCCCAGCUACUCAGGAGGCUGAGGCAGGAGAAU